AGCACACUCAUAUUGCUGAAAAAAAUAUGAACUUCUUGUUUUUCUUCUUCCUCCUGGGCGCUUGUAUCUUAACGCUAACGAACGGAGACAAAUCUGGCUGGACCGUUACCUGUUGCAUAAAAUGCCAUCCAAGAAGCAAAUAUUUGGACUAUCUCAGACGCGAGAAGGGCGAGUCCAUCAUCUUAUUGAUGCUAAAGUGCAAAAAUUGGACAAAUGUAUGCCGGGAGGUCCUUGAAAACCCAGAUGUAUGCAUUGGAACAAAACAACUGCUAGAUGAAUGAAACAACAAGCGUUCAUCUCCUCAUUGCCCGUUUCUUUCUGUGAUAAAAUAAAAUAAAGCAUUGCGAAGCA